AUCUCAUCUUUUGCUUUAUUACACACACCUCUCCUCCAUCUAUAAAACUCACUUCCUCCAACACCAUCUUUCUUCUUCUUCUUCUUCUUCUUCUUCUUCUUCUUCUUCUCCUUCCCCCUCCUAAUUAGCUUCUUAAUCUCAGUCUUAACAUCAUAAUAUAUUUCCUCUUAAAUCUCACAAUCACAAACGUAAUUACCCAUAAUUAUUACUUGCUUUAUCAUCAUCUAUCCCUUUCUCUUUUUUUUUUCCCUCUUCUUACUUUGUUCUCCCGUUUCUGUAAGAUUCAUAUUACUUGCUUUUAUUCCCCUACAAGUAUAUUAUAAAUUUGUUGUACAUUUUUGUUCUAUUAUUUCAUACACUAUUGGUCCAAUUUUAUUAUAUUCUUCCUCUCUUAGUCUCUUACCAUGCAAUAAAAUUAUACCUCCACCCUACAAAAAAAAUAAUGGCGACAGUGAGGAAACUAAUAGUAGAAGUUGUAGACGCAAGAAAUCUCUUGCCUAAAGAUGGUCAUGGCACCUCUAGCCCUUACGUUGUCGUGGACUUUUACGGUCAGCGAAAACGGACUAAAACCAUCGUCAAGGACCUCAACCCGACUUGGAAUGAGGCCCUUGAGUUCAACAUGGGUGGGCCGUCCACCGUGUUUGGCGACAUCCUUGAGAUUGAUGUUUAUCAUGACAAGAAUUAUGGCCCUACCCGUAGGCAUAACCAUUUGGGUAGGGUUAGAUUCAGCUCGAGCUCCACUCAGUUCGUUAGGAAAGGGGAGGAGGCAUUGAUGUAUUUUCCACUUGAGAAGAAGUAUCUUCUUAGUUGGAUACAAGGGGAGAUUGGUUUGAAGGUUUAUUACUCCGAUGAAGCACCUACACCACCACCACCUCCACCGGAGCCGGAGAUUCCACCUCCAGAGGAAUCUCCUCCUGUAGAGGAGCAGAAAGAAGAGCAGCCUCCUACGGAUUCUCCUGUUGAUACGUCAGCUACUCCUGCACCGCCGCCACCUGAGCAAGUAGAUGAAGGACCACCGUUACCACCUGAACAGGAGGAGAUAAAAGUUGAUGAUCAUAAUGAGCAGGAAGAAUUGCCACCACCUCCACCGGAAUUUCCACCACCGUCACCAAUGAGGGACCCACCUCCAGAGAUUGAAAUGAUGGCGUCGUCGGUUUCCGGUACUAUACCAGAAGUAAGAAUUGCUGAUGACAUUGGGAUCAAACCUCCGCCGUCGAUGCCACCAACGCCGUCAAUAUCAAGAUCGGUAUCUACGGCGUCAUUUGAGAGCAUUCCGAUUGAACGGUCGACGUUCGAUCUUGUUGAGAAGAUGCAUUACCUCUUUGUCCGUGUUGUAAAGGCAAGAUCCCUUCCUACUAAUGGUUGUCCAGUAGUGAAGAUUGUGGUUUCAAACCACCGUGUGGUUUCAAAACCCGCCAGGAAAACCACCUUCUUUGAGUGGGAUCAGACGUAUGCCUUCAGCCGCGACUCGCCGGAAUCCUCUGCUAUUUUGGAGGUCUCGGUGUGGGAUCCGCUAAACCCGGGAGCACUGGAUCCCACCGAGGGGUUGUCAAUGAGGGAGUUCUUAGGGGGAAUAUGUUUUGACACGACGGAGAUACCUUUAAGGGAUCCUCCAGAUAGUCCCUUGGCCCCACAAUGGUACCGGCUCGAAGGAGGCGGGGCCCACAACGGUGACUUGAUGCUCGCCACUUGGGUCGGGACUCAAGCUGAUGAAUCAUUUCCAGAAGCUUGGAAAACUGAUACUGCUGGGAAUGUAAACUCAAGAGCUAAAGUGUACUUAUCUCCGAAGUUAUGGUACUUGAGAGCAACUAUAAUGGAAGCACAAGACAUUUUGUUUGCGUCAAAGGAGUCAAUGCUUCAAGUCAAGGCCCAACUUGGAUUUCAAGUCUUCAAAACAAAGCCGGCUGUAAUUAGCCGAAACGGCUCACCGGCUUGGAAUGAGGAUUUGAUGUUUGUGGCAGCCGAGCCAUUUGGUGACCAAUUGGUCUUUACAUUAGAGCACCGCGGACCAAAGGGGUCAAUCGUCGUAGGAGUCGCUAGGGUGGCUUUAACAUCGAUUGAGAGACGUGUGGAUGAUCGGAAUGUGGUGGGUAAAUGGUUCACCUUUGAUGAUCCUAGUAGCGGGUAUAAAGCUAGAGUUCAAUUGAGGUUGUGCUUUGAUGGUGGAUACCAUGUAAUGGAGGAGGCUGCUCAUAUGUGUAGCGAUUACCGCCCCACGGCAAGGCAAUUAUGGAAGCCUGCUGUAGGAAUGGUAGAGCUAGGGAUCAUUGGGUGUAGGGAGCUUCUCCCUGUGAAGGCAGUGAACGGGAAAGGAUCAACUGAUGCUUACGCUAUAGCUAAGUACGGUCCUAAAUGGGUUCGUACUCGUACCGUGUCCGAUAAUUUGGAUCCAAAGUGGAAUGAGCAGUACACAUGGAAAGUGUAUGACCCUUGUACGGUACUAACCAUCGGAGUUUUCGACAGUUCGGGAGUGUACGAAAGCCAAGAGCCACUAGACGGUACACGUCCGGAUUUAAGAAUCGGAAAGGUACGUGUACGUAUCUCCACCCUACACACCGGAAAAGUGUACAGAAAUUCAUACCCUUUACUUUCACUAACACCUAAGGGGUUAAAGAAGAUGGGUGACAUAGAAUUAGCAGUAAGAUUUGUAAGAAGCAGUCCUAGUCUAGAUGUGUUACAAGUCUACUCACAACCUUUGUUACCACUAAUGCACCAUAUCAAGCCACUUCCCCCGGGGCAACAAGAGAUGUUAAGGAUCGCGGCUGUUAAGAUCUUAGCCGUUCAUUUAUCACGGUCCGAACCACCCCUCCGGCAAGAAGUUGUUCGGUAUAUGUUGGAUGCAGAUUCUCACACUUUUAGUAUGAGAAAAGUUCGUGCAAAUUGGUACAGAAUUAUAAACUUGGUUGCUGGGGUAAUAGAUGUUGUUAAAUGGAUUGAAGAUACUAGAACGUGGAAAAACCCAACAUCAACCAUACUUGUACAUGCGUUACUAGUAAUGCUAGUUUGGUUUCCUGACCUCAUAAUCCCUACAUUGGCAUUCUAUGUGUUUGUUAUUGGUGCAUGGAACUAUAGGUUCCGGUCACGUGACCCACUCCCUCAUUUUGAUCCUAAGAUUUCAUUAGCUGAAAACAUAGACCGUGACGAGCUUGAUGAAGAAUUUGACAUAAUGCCGAGCAAUAGAUCGUCGGAGGUUGUUCGUGCACGAUACGAUAAGCUUCGUACACUAGGCGCACGGGUUCAAACGGUGUUGGGUGAUUUAGCUACACAAGGAGAACGGGUACAAGCAUUGGUGACAUGGCGUGACCCGAGAGCCACGGGUAUAUUUGUCGGGUUAUGCUUUGUGGUGGCAAUUAUAUUGUACUUGGUUCCAUCAAAGAUGGUGGCAAUGGCUUCAGGAUUUUAUUAUGUACGUCAUCCGAUGUUUAGAGAUCGUGCUCCUUCGCCUGCCAUCAAUUUCAUUAGGAGGUUGCCUUCAAAAACUGAUCGAAUAUUGUAGAUUUAUUAUUCAAUACUUAGAACUAGUUAUUUGUAUCUACUUCCUUUAAUUGUGUUCAAUGAACUGUGUAUUUUUCUUAUAAAAAAAAAAUGCAACAUGCUUAAUGCAUAACAAAAA